AUGACUCCCACCCUCAGGGUCCUGCUCUGCCUCGGGCUGAGUGUGGGCCUCAGGACCCCGGUGCAGGCAGAGGCUGUGGAGUACCAUCUGGAGAAAGAGGGAAGCCUAGCACCAUGGAAAACACAGGAGCCACUGGAGCCGGGGGACAAGUUGAUGUCCUCCAUCACCCGCAUGACAGAGGGUUAUGCUGGUAGAUAUCGCUGUCAGUAUCGCAGCCCUGCUGGCUGGUCAGAGCGUAGUGACCCCCUGGAGCUGGUGGUGAUAACAGGUGAGUAUGAGAAGCCCUCCCUCCUGAGCCAGCAGGGCCCCAUCGUGGCCUCUGGACAGAACCUGUCCCUCCAGUGUCGCUCUGAUGUCGGCCUUGACAUAUUCAUUCUGCACAAGGAGCGGGGACGGGUCCAACCCAAGAGGAUUUUCCUGCAGAUCCAGACUGGGCUUUCUCAGGCCCACUUCCCCCUGGACACUGUCGCCCGCGAGCCUCCCACGGGGGCCGCCCCACGCUCAGGGCCCUGCUCUGCCUCGGUGAGAUGGGAGGGGGAGGGGAGCCCUGGUCUUUCAGGACCCAGGACUCAGGAGGCUCAUGAGGAGGAGGGUGCUGCUCAGGGUUCAGGGCAAAUCUCUCACAGGGACUCUCUUCCAGGGCUGAGUGUGGGCCUCAGGACCCCGGUGCAGGCAGGGCCUCUCCCCAAACCCACCAUCAGGGCUGAGCCAGGCCCUGUGAUUCCCUUGGGGAGCCCCGUGACCAUCUGGUGUCAGGGGACCCCAGGGGCUGUGGAGUACCAUCUGGAUAAAGAGGGAAUCCCAGGACCAUGGAAAAUAGAGAAGCCACUGAAGCCUGGGGACAAGGUGAUGUUCUCCAUCCCAGAAAUGACAGAGCUUGAUGCUGGGAUAUAUCGCUGUUACUCUCACAGCCCAGCUGGCUGGUCAGAGCGCAGUGACCCCCUGGAGCUGGUGGUGACAGGAUCCUCCAGGAAACCCAGCCUCUCAGCCCUGCCCAGCCCUGUCGUGGCCUCAGGAGGGAAUGUGACCCUCCAGUGUGGCUCAUGGGACGGGUUUGCCAGGUUCAUUCUGACGAAAGAAGGAGAUCACAGGCUCUUCUGGGCCCUGGACUCACAGCCACAGCCCAGCAGGAAGUACCAGGCCCUGUUCCCUGUGGGCCCCGUGACCCUCAGCUACAGGGGGACCUUCAGAUGCUAUGGCUGUUACAGAAACAGCCCCCAGGUGUGCUCAAACUCCAGCGAUGCCCUGGAGCUCCUGGUCCCAGGUGAGUCUGGGAAGCCCUCCCUCCUGAGCCAGCAGGGCCCCAUCGUGGCCGCUGGACAGAACCUGACCCUCCAGUGUCGCUCUGAUGUCAGGUAUGACAGAUUCGCUCUUCACAAGGAGGGGGGAUGGGACCUCCCCCAGAGCCUUGUCCUGCAGCCCCAGGCUGGGCUUUCUCAGGCCCACUUCCCCCUGGACACUGUGAGCAGCUCCCACGGGGGCCGGUACAGAUGCUACGGUGGAUACAAGCUCUCCUCUGAGUGGUCGGCCCCCAGUGACCCCCUGGACAUCCUGGUGGCAGGAUGGCUGCGUGACAGACCCUCCCUCUCGGUGCAGCCAGGCCCCAGGGUGGCCUCAGGAGAGCACGUGACCCUGCUGUGUCAGUCACAGAGCCCGAGGGACACGUUCCUUCUGUCCAAGGAGGUUGCAGCUGAUCUUCCCCUGCAUCUUACAUCAAAGCACCCAGCUCAGCAGUUCCAGGCAGAGUUCUCCAUGAGCCCUGUGACCUCAGCCCACGGGGGCACCUACAGGUGCUACAGCUCACGCAGCACCUCCCCCUACCUUCUGUCCCUCCCCAGUGAGCCCCUGGAGCUCCUGGUCUCAGGAGCAGCUGACACCAUCAGCCCAUCACAGAACAACUCAGACCCCAAGAUUGGUGAGUAG